UUGCUCAUCCAUCUCCAUUUAAACCACGUGACACGUGUCUAAAUAUAUUUCCAAUUUUCAAUUUGUGUAGUAAUCUUCUAUAUAGAAACGAAAUUAAUAAAUUACCUAUGCAGUAUUUCUCACCCCCAAGUCACCACUUACCAAGUGUCGCCAUAAUGAAAACUGUCACUUAUCUCCGAAACUUUAAGGUCACAGCUGGUGACGGUAGUAGUCACUGCACUUGUACUAUAUAUUAAUGGCUUCACGGCUGAAGGAGAAGCUUCCCCUUCUCUCUCUCUCAGAAGCUGUGCGAUUCUCUCUCUCUCUCUAAAAAUCUUCAUCGUCUCUCUUUAGAACUGUUCAAUUUUUCUCUCUAGAGCUCUUCACUCUCUCUCUCUAAGUUUCCAUGGGGUUUCCUGUGGGAUACACAGAGGUUUUCCUCCCAAAGCUUUUCCUCCACACACUCUCCUUUCUGGGUUUCAUCAGGAAACUCAUUUUCUCGCUCUUUCACUUUCUGGGUCUCUCCGAUUUCCUGGAAACCGACGUUUCGUGGUCCGAAACGCAGGCGCAAGUGCCGGAAUACCCUCCGGUAUCGGCUGUUCUGAUCCGUGAAAUCCUGCCGGUGAUGAAGUUCGGGGAGGCGGUUUGCGGCGGCGACGCGCCGGAGAGUUGCGCCGUAUGUCUGUACGACUUCGAGGUCGGAGAAGAGAUCAGGCGGUUGACCAAUUGUAAACACAUUUUCCACCGGAGCUGUCUGGACCGUUGGAUGGACCACGAUCAGAAGACCUGUCCGCUUUGUAGGACCCCAUUUGUGCCUGAUGAGAUGCAAGAUGAGUUCAAUCAACGGCUCUGGGCUGCCUCUGGGAUCACUGAUUUUUACAGUGAAUACGGUACCGUUUCGGGCUUGUAGGUCGGAGAUUUUUCAUGGGUUUUAUUUUAUUUUUUAAAUUUUGGUUUGGUGAGGGUGAGAGGGUUGAACUGUAUAUACAUGAAGAAAAAAAAAAAAAAAAUUUCCCACGUACCCAUUAAAAAAGGGUAGGUUUUCAAUAGUUAUUGAACGAUGGGCUCCCACAAAAUGCGUUCUUCUAUAUAUGAAUCCUCUGAUUUCCACCCCCCCAAAAAAAAAGGUUCUACUUUUGUGAAAAUUCUCAGGUGUGUUUGGAUGAAAUGGUUCCAUAUGGGGAUUGAGAUGGGAAGAACCGCCCUUUUUUUCCCCCUUUUUUUUCCUUUUUCCUUUUCCGUGUUUGAGGAAUGGCUAGAUGUGAAGACCUUGACUUUGAAGAAGUCAAGAAAUGGGUUCAUAUGAAAUCCUUAUGGUCCUAUUUUUAUGAAAAUUUUCAGGUGGGUUGGAAUAAAAUGGUUUGAAAUGAAGUGGGUUUCUGCAUAAUAUAGACUUAGAGGCGGUGGUGGGUGGUGGGUGGUGGUGGGUGAUGGUGGGAAUCAGUGGAGGCAGCCAUAAAAUUCAGAAGCUGUAGUUAAAUUUUUUUUUCUGGGGAUUUUUAUACUUGAAAAAACAAUGCUAAACAUUGGACUGUGGAAGUUUGUUAGCUUUGUUUGGUGGGCAGGUAGCCAGCCGAUUUGAUCGGAUCUUGUCACUGAAUAUUAGAUUGGAUCUGGUCUAGGUUUUCAUCAUAUUUAUUAUUUCUUUUUUUGUUUUUUUUUUAACAUAUUAAAAAGAAUAAUAGUGCAAAUUUAUAUAAUUUGUAUAAUAUUAUUUCUUUCUUUUUUUUUUCU